CGAUCGUCAUCACUAGCUGUCGGGUCAAUCAACGAUUCCGGUGCCAACACGCUAUCUUGUCGCAGGUGACAGGCACCAGUGCACCACAGACACACGCCGCGCGGGACGUCUCUCUCCCUCUGCAAACGACCCAAGCCGCGGACCGCCUUCCCCAACACAUCAAUCAACUGACCUUGGACUGACGACAUCCUCUUGUUCGAGGCGAAACACGUCUCCUAACAUCUCGACACCUCUCUUUAAUCCUCUUCGUCUUCUUCACCUUUCUUAGUUAUCUUGUCCAUACCCAACACCAUCCUCAACUGGCCACGACCGACACCUUCUUUCAGCAUGUUCUCCUCUGGAAAGAGGAAAGCGGAUGCAUUCGGUUGCACAUCCGCCGCUAGAGUCACCGCCAAACUGGCCUUGUCCCUUCUCGCUCUCUCGACAACACCACUCGUCAACGCCUUCUCCUACGACGAACCGAAUGCGCAGAUAGUCAUACCAAUCGAAGCAUCACCAAUAAAGCCCCUGCUACCAGAGCCUCCAGCGCCGGCUGAACACAAAUUCACACUUCGACACAUCUACCACCAUGGUACCUACCAACAUCCGACACUUCACCGAAAGAAGGAUAUACCCGCACAGAACGCAGACGUAUGGCUAGCAGCCGACGAUGAAUAUGGCGAAGAGCGCAUUGGGACCCUCAAGGCGCGCAGCAGCCCGGUGCGAAUACAACGACUUGCCGACCGGAGACCUAGCGUCGUAGAUCCCAUGGUCGCUUAUGCACGACAACAAGGUUACGCUUCCAUCCUAUCACCCGAAGCAUGGACAAUGGACGAAGUUGCCGGACCUGAUAUCACGGAUAAAGACACCAUCAUAUCGUUGGCGCUUAUGGCUGCCGAUGCCUACGUGCAGACUCCCGAUGGCGCAGAUUGGGAGGAUGUUGGGCACCAGUUUAACAGGAGCCUCGAUUUUGGAUGGGAGGGUGAUGGACUUCGGGGCCAUGUGUUUGCCGAUGAGACGAAUUCGACCAUCGUCAUCGGCUUGAAGGGAACAUCGGUUGCUGUUUUCGACGGUGACGGCACUACCACCAACGACAAAGUCAACGACAAUCUCUUUUUCAGCUGUUGCUGUGCUCAACAAGGACCCUGGACCUGGCACCAGGUUUGCGAUUGCGCGACAGGCACUUACUCUUGCAACAAUACCUGCGUUGUCCAAGCAUUGCGCCAAGAGAACCGCUAUUACCAAGCCGGUCGCGAGCUCUAUGCGAACGUCACUGAGCUUUACCCCGACGCUAACGUGUGGAUUGUCGGGCACUCGCUUGGAGGAGCCAUGAGCUCUUUGCUUGGCUUGACUUAUGGUGAUCCGGUUGUGACAUUCGAGGCAGUCCCCGAGGCUCUCCCUGCUAAGCGACUGGGACUUCCUAUCCCUCCUGGAUCCGACCCAGAUGCGCCUCAGACCCGAGAGUACACGGGAGCUUUCCACGUUGGUCACACAGCCGAUCCGGUGUACGUCGGUACCUGUAACGGAGCUACCGCAUCGUGCGCUAUUGGCGGAUAUGCAAUGGAGUCAGCUUGUCAUACCGGCCGGGAGUGUGUUUAUGACACGGUUGGCGAUUUGGGCUGGCGUGUUGGCAUUGGCACCCACAAGAUUCGUGCGGUUAUUCACGAUGUCCUCAGGAAGUACGAGAAGGUCCCUGAGUGCAAGUUUACACCGGAAUGCAGAGAUUGCGGUAACUGGAAGAUGUACGAAAGCAAUGGAACCGAAACCACGACCACCUCGAGCGCGCCUACUUCGACUUCGGACUCUAAGACCCGUACCCGGACAGAAACCUGCAAGACUCCGGGAUGGUGGGGAUGUUUGGAUGAAACCACUACCACAACUGGAACGGCAACCACAACAACAACAAGCGAAGUGACCACCACUUCUACCACUACAUGCCACACUCCUGGCUGGUUCGGUUGCAAGGACAAGACCACAACCUCGACUACAUCAACAACAACUCCUACCGCGACAACGAGCAGCACUACAUGCCUAACUCCUGGAAAGUUCUGGGGAUGUUAUGAUAAGACUGCAACGACGGAUCUCGGAUCACCAUCCACUUCGGCAGAGCUUAGUAUUACUUCAGCCCCAGCCCUGCCGAGCUCGGUGCUUACCCCGUCAGCAACGGCUACUCCGACAGAGGGACAGCCUGAUGAUAGCGGUAAACGUUGCCGUGGCAGGACAUGGUACGGGGUGUGCAAAGACUAUGAGGGCGACGAGGAGCCCGUUAACGAUCUAUAACGAUAAUCAUGGUGAUGGGCAUUGGCGUUUAUUUUUUUGAGAUUGUUUCCAGGUUUUGGGUACGACCAUGGGCGCGAGUUGGGGAAUUUCAUGAAGGGUUGUAGUUUGGCAUGGUAGAUACAUACAAGCACACACACAGAGAGAUGCGGGCGUUUUUGAAAGGUAUUAUUACAUUGCAUCAGCAGCUGGUUUUUUACUAUUACUUGAGACGAAUGAUACGUGAUCAAAGAGGUCUGGUCACGACUUGGACGGUGAGUUGAUGGAUGCACAUGGAGAGUAUUUGGUAGUUAAACGCCGUAGCGAAUAACAACGUCAGCUAACAAUCUUGAUCUGCUCCAACCUUGAAGUGCUGUUCACAGCCACGUGAAGGAAAUGAUGGAAACCCCAAGAAGAUGCUCCGGUGUGGUAGCAUGUCGUCGUCAGAUGUCUUGCUUACAUAGUGUAUUUCC